AUGUUCUCUGGUAGGCUCCAUCUUGAUGAUGAUGUUACCGUUAAUGGUUGCUGUUUUGUCACAAGUAAAGUAAACCAGUUCUUUGGUCUCCCACAAUGUCUGGGAGCUGUUCAUAAAAGCUGCAAAUACUGUAAUAGGUUAUGGGCCCAGGACACAGACAGAAAGAAACAGAACAGCACAGCUUGGAAAAUCAGAUACCCAAAGAAAUUAUAUAUCAUCUUCACAGUCACAGGAAUUACUGCCAUCAUGAUUUGGAGUCUGAAUCUGCACAAACCCAUAAGGUGUCCUGAGAUUCCUUAUCUUUCAUCCACUGCAUAUAGAGACAUUGACAUCGUUGAUAAGAAGAAUGGCAGCGUUAUAGAGAAGCGUGUGGAGGGGACAUCUGAACAAGUGAAAAAGAGGAGCAUUUCUACAGUGGAAACAACAGAGAGAUCUUGCCAGCCUCACACACAUAUAUUCUUCCUGAAAACCCAUAAAACUGCCAGUAGUACCAUCGUGAAUAUUCUGUUCCGGUUUGGUGAAUCACACAACUUAACGUUUGCACUACCAAUUCUUAACUACCCACAGUUCUUUUAUCCCUACUAUUUUAUGGGCUACUUUGUGGAAGGCUUCAUAACGAGAAUCAGGCCUAAUUAUGAUAUAAUGUGUCAUCACAUGCGGUUCCAGCUCACAGAGGUGGAAAAGGUAAUGCCCAAGGAUACUUUUUAUUUCACCAUAAUGCGGAAUCCUGUGUCUGUCAUGGAGUCAUCAUUUUCAUAUUAUAAAGCUUUAGAUAUCUUUGCCAAAGCUUAUAGCUUAGAAGAAUACUUGAAAAAUCCUCACAAAUAUUACAACCAAACAAGUAAAAGCAGUAGUUUUGGCAAAAACCUCAUAGCCUUUGAUCUUGGCCUUGACCACAAUGUACCUGAAUCCCAAAAAUACUUUGAGAUGGCCCAGAAAAGUAUAGAAAUUAUGUUCAACUUGGUCCUAAUAACAGAGUACUUUGAUGAGUCUUUAAUUCUUUUGAAAGAUGCCCUUUGCUGGAGUUUUGAUGAUGUCUUGUCUUUUCCUCUAAAUAGUAGAAAUAACACCAACCAAAAAAAUCUUUCUGAAGAGACUCAGGAGAAAAUUAUAAUGUGGAACCAGCUUGACUGGCAGCUGUAUGUUUAUUUUAACAAAACCUUCUGGAAAAAAGUUGACAAUUUUGGAAGAGACAGGAUGCAGAGUGAGGUGCAGGAACUUCGAAAGAGGAGAACUGCACAAUCUGAAAUAUGUCUACAAGGUCAAGUAGACUCAAACAAAAUAGAAGACACAUUUCUGAGACCAUAUCAAGCUGGAUUGUCUAAAAUUCUUGGUUACAACCUAAAGCCAAGACUGAAAAAGGCAGAAAGGCUAUUAUGUCGCCAGCUGGUCACCCCAGAACUUCAGUAUACAGAACUAUUGUCUAAGAAACAAAAUCAGGAUGCACCAAUGAAAGCAACUAAGACUAAAUAUAAAUAG